AGCCGCGGCCCUGACAAACUGCAGUCUGACAUACUUCUACCCCUACUUAAGGCGACAACAGAAACAACAAUGUAAGCAGAACAUGCGACAAAGGAAAACAGGGGAGAACAAAAGCUCCAAACAUUCUUGCAAUCUUGUUCCAUUAACAUUCAGUGAUGUUUUUUUGUGCUGAAUCAUGAUUCUUUGAAAAUGAGUGGCAGUGUUUCUAGUAACUUGGUUCUGAAAACUCUAAGCCUGAAGAAUCCCAAGCUAGUCCUACUGGAGCAAUGCUCCAACAUUUUCGACCUCAAGAUCAUCCAUGGCCAUAUGCUAAGAACCCAUGUCUUCUUCGACGUGUUCUCUGCCAGUCGCAUCAUUGCUGUAUGCAUAGACUCAAUCAACUUGCUGGGUUAUGCAAUCAGGGUCUUUUCCCAAAUUCACAACCCCAACCUCUUCAUCUACAACGCCAUGAUUCGUGGAUGUUCCACCAGUGAAAAACCAGUGAAUUCCAUUCACUACUACAUGCAGUUGCAACGUGCUGGUCUCUUGCCUGAUAACAUCACCCACCCUUUUCUGGUUAAGGCGUGUGCUCACCUUGAGUCUGCAGCAAUGGGCAUGCAAGCACAUGGUCAAGUGAUUAAACAUGGGUUUGAACAAGAUUGUUAUGUCAAGCACUCUCUUCUUCAUAUGUAUGCUGCUGUUGGGGAUAUGAAGGCUGCAAGUUGCAUUUUUCGGAGGAUGGGUCGGUUUGAUGUUUUUUCCUGGACUAGUAUGAUUCAGGGCUAUCACAAAUGUGGUGAUGUUGAGUCUGCACGUGAACUGUUUGAGAGAAUGCCGGAGAAGAGUUUGGUGACUUGGAGUACCAUGAUCAGCGGUUAUGCGAGGAACAAUCGUUUUGAUAAAGCCGUUGAGCUGUUUCGGACUCUUCAGGCAGAAGGGGUGGUGGCUAAUGAGACUGUCAUGGUGGGUGUGAUAUCUUCUUGUGCUCAUUUAGGUGCUCUUGCGAUUGGGGAGAAAGCUCAUGAGUAUGUGAUGAGAAAUAACUUGACUUUGAAUGUGAUUCUUGGGACAGCUCUUGUUGACAUGUAUGCAAGAUGUGGGAAUGUUGAGAAAGCUAUUCAGGUUUUUGAGGAACUGGAAGAAAAGGAUGUGCUUUGUUGGACAGCUUUGAUUGAUGGACUAGCCAGCCAUGGUUAUGCAGAGAAAGCACUUCAGUAUUUUUCAGACAUGGUGAAUAAGGGGAUAGUUCCUAGAGACAUUACAUUUACUGCAGUGUUGAAAGCUUGCAGCCAUGGAGGGCUGGUAGAAAGGGGUUUGGAUAUAUUCGAGGGCAUGAAACGAGACCAUGGGGUGGUGCCAAGAUUGGAGCACUAUGGAUGUAUGGUUGACCUUCUUGGCCGGGCGGGGAAGUUGGCGGAGGCAGAGAAAUUCAUUCUUGAAAUGCCUGUGGAACCAAAUGCUCCAAUAUGGGGAGCGCUGUUAGGAGCUUGCAGGAUUCACAGAAAUGUAGAGGUUGGGGAAAGAGUGGGAAAGAUUUUGAUCCAGAUGAAACCAGAACACAGUGGUUAUUAUGUGCUGCUCUCAAAUAUAUAUGCUCGCACAAACAACUGGAAAGAUGUUACUGUCAUGAGACAAAUGAUGAAGGAAAAAGGAGUUAGAAAGUCUCCUGGAUAUAGUCUUGUUGAGAUAGAUGGAAAAGUUCAUGAAUUUACUAUUGGAGAUAAAACACACCCAGAAAUAGAAAAGAUAGAAAGAAUGUGGGAAGAUAUACUCCAGAAGAUAAAAUUAGCAGGGUACAUUGGAAAUACAGCAGAGGCAUUGUUUGAUAUAGAUGAAGAGGAAAAGGAAGAUGCACUUCACAGGCAUAGUGAGAAGCUGGCCAUUGCAUAUGGAAUUAUGAAGAUUAAAGCUCCUGGACCAAUUCGGAUUGUGAAAAACUUGCGUGUUUGUGAAGAUUGUCACAUAGCCACGAAACUGAUUUCAAAGGUUUUCAAAGUAGAGUUGAUUGUGAGAGAUAGAAACCGGUUCCAUCAUUUUAAAGAUGGCUGGUGUUCUUGUAUGGAUUACUGGUAAAAGAGCUCUGUAAUUUUGUAGAAUUUAGAGUUUAGGAUUUUGCAUGACAAAUUGCAGAUACCCUAGCCAAGUUUUAAGUUAUCUGAAACUAGUUCUUCAAUGUGCACCACUUUAAUAGUGGUGUAAAAUUGCACCAA